GAAGACUAUUAUACUUCGUAUCAUCACUAACUCAUUUUCAAUUUAAUUAAAAUGAACGUAGAAAGGUGCUGGUUAAUUGUAUCUUUCAUAAUGGUUUUCACAAAUUUGGUGAAUGGAUUGAAAUGUUUCGAAUGUACUUUGUCAGACAUAAAUUGUGCAAAUCCAAUCAGCAAUAACGUGUCAAUAGUAAACUGCCGUUUAUCCAUAUUCACAAUUCAUCCGGAAAAUCUCCAAUCUCGGUUAAAAGGAAUAUUUGAAGAAGCGAAUUUUCAGUGUUUGACAACGAUUGAAAGAAUGUCUGGGAAGCUCUAUUAUACUAGAAGAUGUGCCUUAAAGUCAGAAAAGACAAUUUGUGAUCACAUUUCAAUGAUGGACAAGGAAUCUCGAAUGGAAAAAUGUUCGUUAUGUGAAAAAGACUACUGCAAUUCGUCCACGUCGUUAACAUUAAGCUCAGUCUAUUUUCAAUUAUUGUGUUUAAUUUUUAUGUACAAAUAAAUUGUUUAAUUUAA